AGUUAUACGUAUAGAUUUAUUAGUAUUAGCGCGACGCGAACAAGGACUCCCACGGCGCAGGCGCCGCGGCCAUAGUCAGAUGCACGAAAUUAAACGCGACACGAACGCGUGAGGCUCUUGCAUUACCACUGAUAUCACGCUCGCCGACCGAACUAUAUAAGCUCCGGUCCCGAUCGUCAAACCUAUUCCUAAGUUAAAUCUCAUUAAAGCAGCAUCUCCAAUUAAUUCAUAUAUUAAUAUUAGAAUAAUAUUAUAUUCAUGACAACACUACAAUAGCCAACGAUGAUUUUAUGGGUUAUUUGGCUUAGCGCCCUUGCAUGGUCAACGACUAAAUGCGAGCCUCCAGUAAACAGCUACCUCCCGCCAUCUUCCGGUGGUAAUGGCCGACCAUCUCCAGAGUAUGGGCCUCCCGGAGCCAACAACGGAGGCCGUGGUAAUUCCCGAGAUCCUGCUGCUUUCGGCGGUCCUGGAGGCCGCCUGGGUUCAAGACCAGAAAGCCAAAAUCAGCCUGGCGAGUCUUACUCGCCCCCAGGACAAUUGCCAUCGAAUAAUUUAGACACUCAGUAUGGACCACCUUCAAGACAAGGUCAGGGUCGCGGCGGACCUGGCUCUCCUCAAGGUGGUUUUGGAGGUAGUCCACAAGGUGGUUUUGGAGGUAGCCCACAAGGUGGUUUUGGAGAAAGACCAUCUUCUCAAGGUGGUUUCGGAGGAUCAUCUAAUAACUUAGAUAAGCAGUAUGGACCACCUUCAACACAAGGCCAAGAUCGUGGUGGACCUAGCUCAUCUCGAGGCGGAGGAGGUCCUCAGGGUGGUUUUGGAGGAAGGCCAUCGCAAGGAGGAUUUAGUUCCCGGCCACAACAAGGACAAGGAAGCUUCAACGCUCCGAGUAAUGAAUACGGUGCCCCGGAGCAGGGCCCCGGCGGUUCUUUUGGCAGGCAAAGAGGUCAAUCGCCGCAGCAAGGAAAAGGAGGGUUUAACACUCCGAGUGCUGAAUAUGGUGCUCCCGGGCAGGGCCCUGAUUCGUUUGGACAACCAGGAGGGUCAUCUUCCGGUGUAGGAGGAAGGCCUGGAAGUGGCGGACGACCACAAACAAGCUACGAUGCUCCAAAUCAGGGUUUAGGUCAGUCACCUGGAGGUGGAAGGGCUGGAGGACGUGGCGGUCAAGGAGACCAAGGCCGUGGCCAACGGCCGGAUAGCUCGUACGGCCCACCUGCUAGCGGCGGAUUCCAGCAACCGAAUAACCAGUUCGGUGCUGGAAGUCAGUCGCCCAAUUCUCAAAGAGCACCAGAAUCUUCUUAUGGAGCUCCGAACGCUAACGGGCCGCCGGGUGGAUUCGGUGGUCACCCGUCUGGUGCACCCUCCUCGUCGUAUGGCGCGCCUGGCUUCGGCGCUGGUGGUAGUGGGGGCGCUGGUCGAGGUGGCUCUGGCGACAGCGGUUCUGACUUUGGCGAUAACGGAUCUGAUGAGCCGGCUAAAUACGAGUAUAACUAUGAAGUGGACGAUGCGCAGACAGGUACUAAAUUUGGUCAUUCAGAACAACGCGACGGCGACGUCGCCACCGGGGAGUAUAACGUAGUGCUUCCCGACGGCAGGAAGCAGGUCGUGGAGUACGAGGCGGGCCUGCAGGGAUACAAGCCUAUGAUCCGAUACGAGGGUGGAGCAGCCGGCGGCGGAUCCGGGUUUGGCGCAGGUGGAAGUUCCGGUGGUGGGGGUCAAGGCUACCCUCGCGGCGGCCCGGGCGCCGGUGGCGGAGGGUUCUCUGGAGAUAACGAUAUUGGCUAUCCGCAGGGCGGACCUAGCCAAGGAAAUUCUGGGUUUGGACCACAAGGCAGCCAAGGUGGCUCGCAGGGCUACGACGACCAGUCCCAGGGAGGCCAAGCAGGAUAUCCAAGAGGAGGACCUGGAGGCGGUAGAGGCCAACAGCUUUCUGGAGAUCUUAGGGCCCCUCAGAGACAACAGAACGGUCAGGGGAAUGCCGGGUACCCGUCCGGUGGCCCCGGCACGAACGGGUUGGAAGGGUUGAAUGGGGAUAGUGGUUACCCUAGCGGUAGACCUCAGGGCGGUAGAGGAUUUCCCAGUGGUGGGCAAGGGGGCGACGAAGGAUAUCCUAGCGGUGGGCCGAGCGGCAGAGGACAGGGGGGCUCAGGCUCUCCGGAUAGACUCACUGCUGACAACGGAUACCCUAGUGGCAGCCAAGGAAACAGAGGAUCAGGGGGUCGGGGCGGAGACGAAGGAUACCCCAGCGGUGGCCCUAACGGUCCAAGGGGCUCUGGCUAUUAAGAAAUACAAUAAAAACUCUUAUGUACAUUACGCUUUCAUAACGUCAAACGAGGCUAGAAAAUAAGAAGCAUUGUAAAUAAAUGUUUUAAUAAUAAAAUUACAUUUUUAUAA